AUGAACUUUGCUCUCCUCGCUUCUCUCCUGUCUGUCGUCUUGGCCCACGAUGGCCAUGACCACCAAACACAAAUCCCCCUCGACUAUGUCAAGUUCCCUCUCGAGGGUGCUUACCACACCAGGACCGGAGAAGUGACCGCCGAUGCCAUUUUUGCUGGAAUCACCACCUUCGCCAAACUCCCUUAUGUACAAUGCCUGACAAGGGACAGAGAUGUGCCUUUCGAUAUUGCUUUUAUAGGUGCACCAUUUGAUACAGGAACUUCGUACCGUCCAGGCGCUCGAUUUGGGCCUGCAGGAAUACGUGCAGGCUCCCGUAGACUUACUCUAUAUGGUGGAUACAAUGUCCCCCUCGAGGUAAACCCCUUUCGAGCAGGUCUGGGAAUCGUGGAUUGUGGCGACAUCCCAGUAUCUCCUUACGACAACAAGUACGCUAUCCAGCAAAUCGAAAACGGCCACAAAUCGCUUCUGCAAAGAGAGGCCCUCUCCCCCUUAGAGCAUGACUCAGCUACGGGCAAGAAGCUAAUUCCCAUCUCUUUGGAUGGGAAGUCGCAUCCUCGUAUCAUAACGCUCGGUGGAGAUCACACUAUUGUCCUCCCCUUGUUGCGAUCGAUCAACUCGGUGUACGGCCCUAUUUCCGUUAUUCACUUCGACUCCCACCUCGAUACGUGGAAGCCCGCUGUCUUUGGUGGCGCACCAUCAGAUCAAGCCGCCAUUAACCACGGCACAUAUUUCUACUGGGCAAGCCAAGAAGGACUUAUUAAGAACGGUUCCUCAAUUGCAAGUCACGGGGCCAUAAGAACCACACUUUCUAGCCUCGAGGACUAUCAUAACGAUGACGCUGCGGGCUUCCAACGAAUUGAAGCUCGUGAGAUUGACACCAUCGGGACCGAAGGUAUUAUCAAGAAAAUUCGUGAGACUGUUGGCGACAGACCUGUAUACUUAUCCAUUGACAUUGAUUCAAUUGACCCUGCAUUUGCCCCUGCUACGGGCACACCUGAAACUGGGGGGUGGUCCACGAGAGAGCUUCGGACCAUCUUGAGGGGUUUAGAUGGACUCAGAAUUGUAUCGGCAGAUAUCGUUGAAGUAGCACCUGCCUACGACACAAAUGCCGAACUAACCACAAUGGCUGCGGCCGACGUUCUACUUGAGGUCCUGAGCGUCAUGGUCAAGACGCCCCUGGGCAAAGUGGCAGAGUAA